AUGGAGUAUAUGUUUUUCUGUCUGGUUUCGGCUCUUCCCUUUCUUCUUCUUGUCUUAAACUUUUGGUUAAGAACAAGCACACAACACAGAAACCUCCCACCAAGCCCGCCUGCUCUUCCAAUUAUAGGUCAUCUCCAUCUGGUCAACCUUCCCCUCCAUCGAUCUCUCCAUACUCUUUCACAUAAAUAUGGUCCAAUAAUUUCUCUCCGUUUCGGUUCCUGCCGAGUUAUGGUUGUAUCAUCACCGUCCGCGGUGGAAGAAUGCUUCACCACAAAUGACAUCGUUUUCGCCAAUCGUCCUCCCUUUACCUUAAGCAAGUACGUUUCAUACAAUAACACCACCCUUGCAACAGCCCCAUAUGGCGACCACUGGCGCAACCUUCGCCGCAUAAGCACUCUUGAAGUUUUCUCAUCAACUCGUCUCAACGUGUUCACAGGCAUCCGGAGAGACGAAAUCAAGAUUUUCCUGAACAAACUCUAUAGUGUCUCAAGCCAUGAUUUUGCUAAGGUAGAGUUGAAACCAAUGCUCAUGGAGCUAACUUUUAACAUAAUCAUGCGCAUGGUCGCCGGGAAGCGGUACUACGGCGAGGAAGUGACUGGAAUGAACAAGGCAGAGGCAGAGCAAUUCAGGGAGAUGAUGACAGAGAUUUUUGAAUACGCUGGAGCCUCAUAUGUUGGAGAUUUCUUGCCUUUCUUGCAGUGGAUCGACUAUCAGGGUUUUUUGAAGAAAGCGAUGAGACUUGGCAAAAGAACUGAUAGAAUACUUCAGAAUCUUAUUGACGAGCAUCGGUGUGAUGGCAAGGCAGGUUCUGACAGAAGGGACAAUACCAUGAUCGGUCAUCUUCUUUCUUUGCAAGAAUCACAACCAGAAUAUUAUGCAGAUGAAAUUAUCAAGGGCCUGGUUCUGGAUAUUCUAUUUGGUGGUACCGAAACCUCGGCUGUGACAUUAGAAUGGGCAAUGUCCAAUCUACUUAAUCAUCCAGAAGUUUUGGAGAAAGCAAAAAAAGAAUUGGACUUACAGAUUGGUGAAGAACACUUUAUGGAAGAAUCUGAUCUUUCCAAGCUACCGUAUCUUCAGAAUAUCAUAGCAGAGACCUUGAGAUUGCAUCCAGCAGGUCCAUUGCUUAUUCCACAUUUAUCAUCCCGAGAGUGUAGUGUUGGAGGAUACCAUGUGGAACCCAACACGAUGCUGCUUGUUAAUGUGUGGGCUAUACAUAGGGAUUCUGAGUUUUGGGACGAUGCAAAUGAGUUUAAACCUGAGAGGUUUGAGAGUCGAACAGGCCAAGGAUCCGAGGCUUAUAAGUUUUUGCCAUUUGGCUCUGGAAGGAGGUCGUGUCCUGGUGUGGGUCUUGGAAAUCGUGUUGUAGGUUUUUGUUUGGGGUCUAUGAUUCAUUGCUUUGACUGGAAAAGGGUAAGUGACAAGGAAAUUGACAUGUCUGAAGGAAUUGGACUCACCAUGCCUAAGGCUGAGCCACUGGAGGCAAUGUGCAAGGCUCAUAAUAUCAUGAAGAAUGUGCUAUCUUCUUCUCUAUGAAGCCGAUCAAUCUAAUAAUUUUGACAAGUCGAAUUCCUAAAAUUUUUUUCUUGAUAUGUAAUAUAUUAAUUCCCGUGUAUUAGUGUUGUAUGCUCUUCAUUUUAUAUAUGGUUACAAAACCCUUUUUU